AAGUAAUUAUUUCAUGAUUAAUCAUCCUAAAAAAUAUGAAGUUUAUUAUAAAGAUAAAAAAAUUUUCGCAUUGAUUCCUGAACAAAAAAGAUAUACUAUUCAUAAUUUUGAUAAACCUGAUAAUUUAAAAGAUUAUGAAGUUCAAAAACGAAUUACUAAAGCAAUUGAAACUAUUAUUAAAUUAGAAUAG